CUGUAGGCUGUAGGCACAUUGAAAAACUACAGAUGACGUGAUGCGAAAGUGGGUGUGCCCACUAUUGACUCGCCGGCUGUCGUACAUGUAAGAACAGUUUGCUUCUACUUGGCAAAUAUAUUAUUCUUGUCAAAUUUUCUUAAUCACAUUUGUUAUUAUCAAUUGAAUAAAUAAUAAUGUCGCAGCAACAAUAUUAUCCUUUUAAAUGUACCCCUACAGUAUAUCCUGCUGAUCCAUUUGAUGCAAAUGCAGAUGCCGCAUUAUUGCGUAAAGCAAUGAAAGGUUUUGGCACAGAUGAGAAAACAAUUAUUGAUGUACUUACAAGAAGAGGAAUUGUCCAGCGAUUGGAAGUUGCUGAAGCAUAUAAAACAUUGUAUGGAAAAGAUUUAGUUAGCGAUUUAAAAAGUGAACUUACAGGAAAAUUAGAAGAUGUCAUAAUUGCUCUUAUGACACCAUUACCUCAUUAUUAUGCUAAAGAAUUGCAUGAUGCACUUAGUGGAUUAGGGACUGAUGAAGAAGCAAUUGUGGAAAUUUUGUGUACCUUAAGUAAUUAUGGCAUACGCACAAUUGCAGCUUUUUAUGAAAACUUAUACAGUAAAGCUCUUGAAAGUGAUUUAAAGGGAGAUACUUCGGGACAUUUUAAGAGGCUACUGGUGUCACUUGUUCAAGCAAAUAGAGAUGAAAAUCAGGGUAUAGAUCAAGCUCAAGCUGCAGCAGAUGCACAGACACUUUAUGAGGCUGGUGAAAAACAGUGGGGAACAGAUGAAUCUCAGUUUAAUGCUAUUUUAGUAACUCGUAGCUAUCAGCAGUUAAGACAAACUUUUAUUGAGUAUGAAAAAAUAUCUGGACAUGAUAUUGAAGUUGCUAUUAAAAAAGAGUUUUCUGGAAAUCUUGAAAAAGGUCUUCUUGGAAUAGUGAAGUGUGUGAAAUCAAAAGUAGGCUUUUUUGCUGAACGAUUAUAUGCCAGCAUGCAUGGUAUAGGUACAAAAGACCGAACAUUGAUUCGCAUUAUUGUUUCCCGAAGUGAAAUUGAUUUGGGCGAUAUUAAAAAAGCUUUUGAAGAACGAUAUGGGAAAUCAUUGGAAAGUUGGAUUGCUGGUGAUACAUCUGGAGAUUAUAAAAAAGCUCUUCUUUCACUUGUCUCUACAUAA